UGCUUUCAAGGCCAUAUAAAUAUCAACUGAAAACCCCAGUUCUUCUCUUAACUAAAUAAUUAUGGGGUCAAAAGAGCCAGAGUACCAGUCCUUGCUUCCCACACUUGAUUCACAUUCAAGAAUUCCAGACUUGUCAUCUCAGGCAAUUGAGGAGUUCUUGGAACAAAGGACAGUGCCAAUUAGAUGGUGGCCUCGUCUUAUUGCAUGGGAAUCAAGGCUCUUAUGGUUAUUGUCUUGGGCUUCUAUAAUUGUUUCCAUAUUCAAUUUCAUGCUUAGCUUUGUCACCCAAAUGUUCUGUGGACAUUUGGGUGCUGUAGAGCUUGCUGGUGCUUCCAUUGCCAAUGUUGGAAUUCAGGGUCUCGCUUAUGGGAUUAUGCUGGGCAUGGCUAGUGCUGUGCAAACAGUGUGCGGCCAAGCCUAUGGAGCUAAGCAGUACUCAGCAAUGGGCAUCAUAUGCCAGAGAGCAAUUGUGCUGCACUUGGGAGCAGCUGUGCUCCUCACAUUCCUCUACUGGUUCUCAGGCUCAGUCCUCGCAGCUAUGGGGCAAUCAGAGGCCAUCGCCGAGCAAGGACAAAUUUUUGCCCGAGGUUUGAUCCCUCAGAUAUAUGCAUUUGCCAUAAGCUGCCCUAUGCAGAGGUUUCUUCAAGCUCAGAACAUUGUGAACCCUCUUGCAUACAUGUCUGUUGGGGUGUUCUUUGUUCACAUCCUUCUCUCGUGGCUUGUUAUUUAUAAAUUGGACUACGGGCUUCUAGGAGCAGCCUUAACACUGAGUUUGUCUUGGUGGCUUCUUGUCAUCUUGAAUGGUCUUUACAUUGUUCUUAGUCCAAAUUGCAAGGAAACUUGGACUGGCUUAUCAAUAAGUGCUUUCAAAGGAAUUUGGCCUUAUUUCAAGCUCACAGCUGCUUCUGCUAUCAUGCUUUGCUUGGAGAUAUGGUACAGUCAAGGAAUGGUACUGAUAUCAGGUCUCCUCCCAAACCCAACUAUCUCACUAGACGCUAUUUCCGUUUGCAUGAAUUACUUGAACUGGGACAUGCAAUUUAUGCUGGGCCUAGCAGCAGCCACCAGUGUUCGAGUGAGCAAUGAACUAGGGGCUGGCCAUCCAAAGGUUGCAAAAUUUUCAGUGUUUGUAGUGAAUGGGACUAGCAUUAUUAUCAGUAUAAUUUUUAGUGCUAUUGUGCUGAGUUUUCGAGUUGGAUUGAGCAAACUCUUUUCAAAUGACUCUGAGGUUAUAGAAGCAAUUUCCGAUCUUACUCCUCUGCUUGCCAUCUCUGUUUUCCUCAAUGGUGUUCAACCUAUACUCUCAGGUGUGGCUAUUGGCAGUGGAUGGCAAGCUGUGGUAGCUUAUGUUAACCUUGUCACUUACUAUAUUAUUGGUCUCCCCAUUGGCUGUGUGCUUGGGUUCAAAACCAGUUUAGGAGUAGCAGGAAUUUGGUGGGGGAUCAUUAUUGGAGUUGUUUUCCAGACAAUAACUUUAAUUAUUCUGACUUCAAGAACAAAUUGGAAUGCUGAGGUUGAAAAAACUGCUAGACGGUUGAAUGAGUCUGCAAGAGAGGCCUUGGAAUCAUUGCCCAAUCCUUAACUCACCCCAUAGGCUUCUCUUUACCAUUUUCUUUCUUUUCUCUGAUGGAUAAAAGUUGUUCUUUCAAUGUACUGAAGAUUGGAAUGAAAGAAUCCAACCUUUCAUCCUCAUCAGCCAGGAAUUUGAAAUUUGUAUCCAAGGGGGCUGGUGGUGCAUCUGACUGUUCAGAUUUGAAGUUCAAGGCAUGUAAGAGUUGUGAUGGAGUUUUUUUUUUCUCUAAGAUAAAAGAUCUUUCCCUUC